AUGUCGUGCAUCAAGAAGUUAAAGGAGCACCAGCAAUUAUUACAGACGAUUUUCCCCAAAUCCCAUCCACGUUUUCGAAUCACCUCAUGUACUCUGGAUGAGAUAUCUUGCUCUUUUAUUCAUGAAAACUCCUCUUUAGAGAUCACUGGAAGUCUCUUGGGCACGUAUCCACAGUCAUCUCCGAUCUGGUUUUCUGACUCUGAAGAUACGUUUUUAACACUAAUUUUCCGUGAACUUCAGAAUGUUGAACCUAGCAACUACACUAUUGACCGUCAGUUAAAAAUAUUGAUAACUGAAUUAUGUCGAUACAAAAAUGUAUCACAUCCCCCUGAACUGAUUGGUCUUUGUCCAGAUUUCCAUCCCAAACCGCUACGUAUUGACUCCAUUUCAACUUCCGAACCUCCUCCUGCCAGUCCGGAAGGGAAUAGCGAUGCUGAAGAUACAGGUUUCGAAGAUGAAGAUGUAAUACUAAAUGAUCCGUUCGAAGUUUCUAUAACAGGAGACGAUCGACCUGAGUAUGAUGGUAUUUCAUCGCAAGAUGCUGAACAACUAGAAAAACUGAAGGCCACGCAAAUACAGGGCGUUACCAAAGGUUCACUCCAAUCAUCUGAUCGUCUAAUGAAAGAGCUGAGGGAAAUCUAUCGAUCAGACAGUUAUAAACGAGGUAUUUUCACUGUUGAAUUACAAAAUGACAGUCUGUAUAACUGGAAAGUGAAGUUGUACAAAGUCGAUGAAGACAGUGGGCUGCAUAAAGAUAUCCAGGAACUUAGUAAUCAUCCAAAGUUAGAGAAUCACCUGGGGUUGCAGUUCUUGUUCAAGGAAACAUACCCUUUUGAACCACCUUUUGUGCGUAUUCUCUAUCCAGUCAUUGAAAAUGGUUAUGUUUUAGCUGGUGGAGCAAUAUGCAUGGAAUUGUUUACUAAACAAGGUUGGUCAAGUGCUUAUGAUAUUGAAUCAGCUAUUAUGCAGAUAGCUGCCACCUUGGUGAAAGGUCGAGCACGCAUAAAUUUCAGUGCAACAGAUGAUCAGUAUUCCCUUCGUCGAGCUCAACUGUCUUACCGGGGUCUAGUUCAAAUUCACGAAGAAAGUGGUUGGUAUACUCCACCGAAAUCAGAUGGUUAG